AUGAAACCGCCAAAGGCCAGCCCUGAGCGCAUUGCGUCGCUCGUGAAGAAGGCACAAGCGGAGAUUCCUGCAAAGAUCCCUGUGGUCAUGCGGAGGCUCUAUGAAGCUGAUCCUAAUGAAAGCAGCUCAUCCAUUCUAGAAGAGUUGGUGAAUAACGGGCCCAAGCAGAAGAAUUCGCUUUUGGCGAGAGAUGAUGUGGCAUCUUUGCUCACCGAGGCACCCAAAUCAAACGUUCUACGGUUCGAAUGCAGAAACGCCUAUGUAGGGAGGAGAGAUUUCUACAAUAUUCAGCCCAUACCGAGGGAAAGAUUAUACUCAUACAAAAACCCAUUGACAAAGGGUCUACGAUUUGAUGUUGUGAAGGCCCGGAACCCACUCAGCUUGCUAUUCUCAGGGGCUUACUAUUUGGUGUUUCCCAACCACCUCCAAGCUUGCAUCUAUUACAUGGAGACCAGAAACAGAGUGAUGAACGGCUUUAACAUGAAACUCGAAUUUGUUUCACCGCUGCAUACUCAUCUUAAAAGAAUGGGAUCGCCUCUACUCGAACCCGGAUCUCAAUUUUCACCGCUCCCCAAUUUAGCUGCCCAUGAUAAAUCAUCGUUCGAAAGCAUAUUCAAGCAGUCCACAGAGAAAUCCGAAAUUCUUCGACAGCUCGAACAGUACGAAGGUUACAAGGACACAUCUCUUCUUGAUCCCCAUCCAAAUUACCAUCUUCUACAGCGCUUCAUGGGUAUUCCUUCACGUUAUCAGCUGGUCCUUGUCAGAAACUUACCCUUUGGCUUGUCAAGCCAAACGCUCUCGGAUCUUUUAUGGGAUUAUAGAUUUUCCGACAGGGUAGCCCCACUGAAUUCAUGGAAGGAAAUCAUUAAAGACCCUACUACACAGACACAUUUGACAUUGAUACAUUUCGGUGACGAACAGAGUGCAAUGAGGUUCGUGAGAAACUUCCACGGACGGAAAUGGGACCCUGUAAAUAAAGAGCGAGAAAAGCAGUUGUACCAGCCGGUACUUUGCGAGAUUCUCGAGUAA